AUGAAAAUCGCUAGGUAUUUUAUCCAGCUUAUGGAAAAGGAUGAUUGUAAUACACUGGACCGGUGCAAGUACCUGAAAGUGAAUGCUAUUGGGUGCAUGUAUACCGUUGCAAUGAGAUGCCUCCCUAUUUUGGCUUAUAUCGAAAAGGUCAGGCAGCACAUGCUGGCUCAGGACGAUGAUCCCACUCAUGAGAAUGCUCCUCCCUCACACAUUGUCUUGGCUAAGGAAUACUGCAUAAUCCCUCACACAUCUGCCUUUGAGGUUGAAAAGGCUGCCGGCUUGGUUCAUCCAGACACUUUGCGUUGGCUAGAAGAGUUGGAAGAGAAACAUGGCUUUAGGAUGCAUGAUGAUUGUGCUCAAGAGCAGCCAUUAGCAGCAUGA